AACUAUUUCUUACCCGGUGGCCGCCAUAUUGGCAUAACGUAAGGACGGUCACAGCACAAGUCACCGGUUAUAUUUAACUUUUUCGAAGCUCUCUGUAAGUUGGCGUGUUAUAAAGAAACGGAGGGGGCAUUGGUUACAGAAUAUGUCACAGCUGCUUCCCAUUAGGUUUCAGGAGCAUUUGCAGCUCCAAAAUGUUGGAAUCAAUGCUGCAAAUAUUGGGUUUAGUACCCUUACAAUGGAGUCGGACAAGUACAUCUGUGUCCGAGAGAAGGUUGGUGAUACUGCCCAGGUGAUCAUCAUUGACAUGAAUGACACUGCCAACCCAAUUCGCAGGCCAAUCUCUGCUGAUUCAGCCAUCAUGAAUCCUACAAGCAAAGUUAUUGCAUUGAAAGCUGGGAAGACUCUGCAGAUUUUCAAUAUUGAGAUGAAAAGUAAAAUGAAAUCUCACACAAUGACAGAAGAAGUGAUAUUCUGGAAGUGGAUUUCGGUCAACACUGUAGCUCUUGUCACAGAAGCAUGUGUUUACCACUGGAGCAUGGAAGGUGACUCCCAACCCCAGAAGAUGUUUGAUAGACACACCAAUUUGGCUGGAUGUCAGAUUAUAAACUACAGAACUGAUGCGGCCCAGAAAUGGCUUCUUGUGAUUGGAAUUUCUGCCCAGACUGGGGCCGAAGGAGGAAUGAGUGCAGAUGCACAAAACCGAGUUGUGGGGGCCAUGCAGUUGUACUCUGUGGAGAGGAAGAUCAGCCAGCCAAUAGAAGGCCAUGCUGCAGCAUUCUCUCAGUUCAAAAUGGAAGGUAAUCCCAACCCAUCCACACUCUUCGCUUUUGCUGUAAGAGGAGCCCAGGGAGGAAAGCUACAUAUCAUAGAAGUUGGUCAGCCACCCCAAGGAAAUCAGCCAUUUGCCAAAAAAGCUGUAGAUGUGUUCUUCCCACCAGAGGCACAGAAUGACUUUCCAGUAGCAAUGCAGAUGAGUCAAAAACAUGGUGUAGCAUUCCUUAUUACAAAGUAUGGAUACGUUCAUCUGUACGACAUUGAGACUGGUACCUGUAUCUAUAUGAACAGAAUCAGUGGAGACACAAUAUUUGUUACAGCACCGCAUGAAGCAACAUCUGGAAUUAUUGGUGUCAACAGAAAAGGACAGGUUCUGUCAGUUAGUGUAGAAGAAGACAACAUUGUGCAGUACGUGUCCAAUAACCUCCAGAACCCAGACCUGGCCCUGAAGAUCGCCUCCAGGGCUAACUUACCCGGAGCUGAGGACCUGUUUGUGAGGAAGUUCAACAACCUGUUCCAGAGCGGAAACUACCAAGAGGCUGCUAAAGUGGCAGCAAGUGCUCCAAAGGGUAUUUUGAGGACACCCCAGACCAUUCAGAGAUUCCAGCAGGUUGCAGCACAGCCUGGCCAGAGCUCUCCACUGCUGCAGUACUUUGGUAUUCUGCUGGACAAGGGGCAGCUGAACAAAUACGAGACACUGGAGUUGUGUCGCCCGGUUCUACAACAGGGUCGCAAACAGCUGCUAGAAAAAUGGCUAAAAGAAGAUAAGUUGGAAUGCAGUGAAGAGUUAGGAGACCUAGUCAAAACCGUGGAUCAGAACUUGGCACUGUCUGUGUAUCUUAGGGCAAAUGUUCCAGCUAAGGUUAUUCAAUGUUUUGCUGAGACAGGCCAAUUUCAGAAAAUAGUGAUGUAUUCAAAGAAAGUGAACUACACGCCGGACUACAUCUUCUUGCUAAGGAGUCUUAUGAGGAUCAACCCAGAACAAGCCCUGCAGUUUGCACAGAUGUUGGUGGAAGAUGAUGAACCUCUGGCAGAUUUGAACCAGAUUGUUGAUGUGUUCAUGGAGAUGAACUUGAUUCAGCAGUGUACGUCUUUCCUGCUGGAUGCUUUGAAGAAUAACAGACCAUCAGAAGGUCCUCUACAAACCAGGCUGUUGGAAAUGAACCUCAUGUCUGCUCCCCAGGUGGCUGAUGCUAUCCUUGGAAAUCAAAUGUUCACACACUACGAUAGAGCACACAUUGCCCAGCUCUGUGAAAAAGCUGGUCUUCUACAAAGGGCAUUAGAACACUACACAGAUCUCUAUGACAUCAAAAGAGCUGUUGUGCACACUCAUCUCCUUAGCCCUGAAUGGUUGGUAAACUACUUUGGUUCCCUCUCCGUCGAGGAUUCUUUAGAGUGUCUAAAAGCAAUGCUUCAGGCCAACAUCAGACAAAACCUACAAGUGUGUGUACAGAUUGCCUCCAAAUAUCACGAACAGCUAGGAACUAACAACCUUAUUGAAAUAUUUGAGUCAUUCAAGAGUUUUGAAGGCUUGUUUUACUUCUUGGGAUCGAUUGUCAACUUUAGUCAGGAUGCAGAUGUACAUUUUAAGUAUAUUCAGGCUGCUUGUAAAACUGGACAGAUCAAGGAAGUGGAGAGAAUCUGUCGUGAGAGUAAUUGUUACGAUCCCGAGCGGGUGAAGAACUUCCUGAAGGAGGCCAAACUGACAGAUCAGCUGCCACUGAUCAUUGUCUGUGACCGAUUUGACUUUGUACACGAUCUAGUACUCUACCUGUACAGAAACAAUCUACAAAAGUACAUUGAAAUUUACAUUCAGAAGGUGAACCCGGCUCGUCUGCCCGUUGUUAUCGGUGGACUGCUGGAUGUCGACUGCAGUGAAGAUGCCAUCAAACAGCUGAUCAUGGUGGUCAAGGGACAGUUCUCUACAGAUGAACUGGUGGAGGAGGUGGAAAAAAGAAACAGACUGAAGCUUUUGCUGCCCUGGUUGGAAAUGAGGGUACAUGAGGGAGUACAGGAACCUGCUACCCACAAUGCACUAGCCAAAAUCUACAUUGACAGCAACAACAACCCAGAAAGAUUCCUCAAGGAGAAUCAGUUUUAUGAUAGUAUAGUGGUAGGAAAAUACUGUGAAAAGAGAGACCCUCAUCUGGCCUGUGUGGCUUAUGAGAGAGGACAGUGUGAUGAAGAACUCAUUCAGGUUUGCAAUGAGAAUUCACUGUUCAAGAGUCAGUCACGUUACCUGGUAAAGCGUAGAGACCUUGACCUCUGGGCUAAAGUGCUGAAUGAAGACAAUGAGUACAGGAGACAGCUGAUUGACCAGGUGGUGCAGACAGCUCUCUCUGAGACUCAGGAUCCAGAUGACAUCUCUGUGACAGUGAAGGCUUUUAUGACAGCAGAUCUACCCAAUGAACUCAUCGAGCUGUUAGAGAAGAUUGUCCUAGACAACUCCGUAUUCAGUGAGCACAGGAACUUGCAGAACUUGCUGAUUUUGACAGCCAUUAAAGCUGACCGCACACGAGUUAUGGAAUACAUCAAUAGACUGGACAAUUAUGAUGCCCCAGACAUUGCUAACAUUGCCAUCACUAAUGAACUGUAUGAAGAAGCGUUUGCCAUCUUCAAGAAGUUUGAAGUCAACACUUCCGCUAUCCAGGUGCUGAUAGACAAUGUGAAGAAUUUGGACCGUGCUUAUGAAUUUGCUGAACGCUGCAAUGACCCAGCAGUGUGGAGCCAGUUAGGACGUGCUCAGUUGAAUGAAAACAUGGUGAAGGAAGCCAUUGAUUCAUUUAUCAAGGCUGAUGACCCAUCUCAGUACAUGGAAGUUGUCAAUGUAGCAUCCAGCAACAAUAGCUGGGAAGACUUGGUUAAAUUCUUACAAAUGGCAAGAAAGAAAGCAAGGGAAACAUUUAUAGAAACAGAAUUAGUCUUUGCUUAUGCCAAGACCAACAGAUUAGCAGACUUGGAAGAGUUUAUCUCUGGUCCAAACCACGCCAACAUUACACAGGUGGCAGAUAGAUGCUUUGACAACAAAAUGUAUGAGGCUGCCAAACUUCUGUACAACAAUGUGUCUAACUAUGCCCGCUUGGCCAUCACCCUGGUCCACCUGGGAGAGUAUCAGGGCGCUGUUGAUGGAGCAAGAAAAGCCAACAGCACCAAGACCUGGAAAGAAGUUUGCUUUGCCUGUGUGAACAAUGAAGAGUUCCGACUGGCUCAGAUGUGUGGUCUUCACAUUGUUGUACAUGCUGACGAGUUAGAGGAAUUAAUUAAUUACUACCAGGAUAGAGGCUACUUCGAGGAGUUAAUCUCCCUACUAGAGGCAGCAUUAGGUUUAGAAAGAGCCCAUAUGGGUAUGUUCACAGAAUUAGCUAUUUUAUACUCAAAAUUCAAACCAGAGAAGAUGAGAGAGCAUUUAGAACUGUUCUGGUCUAGAGUUAACAUUCCAAAGGUAUUAAGAGCAGCCGAACAAGCUCACUUGUGGCCGGAGUUAGUCUUCUUGUAUGAUAAGUAUGAGGAGUAUGAUAAUGCCAUCAUUGCUAUGAUGAACCACCCAACGGAAGCCUGGAAGGAAAGUCAGUUCAAGGAUAUCAUCACAAAAGUGGCCAACAUUGAGCUUUACUACAAAGCCAUUCAGUUCUACCUGGACUUUAAGCCUUUACUUCUUAAUGACUUGCUUAUGGUCUUGACCCCGCGUCUUGACCACACAAGAGCUGUUAAUUUCUUCAUCAAAGUCAAACAAAUUUCCCUGGUGAAGCCAUACCUCCGCAGUGUACAGAAGAACAACAACAAGGCAAUCAACGAGGCCCUGAACAAUCUCCUCAUCGAGGAGGAGGAUUACCAAGGCCUCCAGGCCUCCAUCGAUGGCUACGAGAACUUCGAUAACAUCAUGCUGGCCCAGAGACUGGAGAAACACGAACUUAUCGAGUUCAGAAGGAUCGCAGCCUACCUAUACAAAGGGAAUAACAGAUGGAAACAAUCUGUGGAUUUAUGCAAGAAGGACAAACUUUUCAAGGAUGCCAUGUGUUACGCCAGUGAGUCGAGGGACACUGCAAUAGCUGAGGACUUGAUUACCUGGUUCCUGGAGAAUCAGUAUCAUGAAUGCUUCGCUGCCUGUCUAUUCCAGUGUUACGAUCUCCUGCGACCGGAUGUUAUACUAGAAUUGGCAUGGAGGCAUAACAUCAUGGACUUUGCCAUGCCCUACAUGAUUCAGGUUGUGAGGGAGUACAUUUCCAAGGUUGAUAAGCUGGAACAAGCAGAAAAUGUCCGCAGUGAGGAGGAACAGAAAGCAGAAGAAAGGCCUAUUGUCUUUGCGGAGCCUCAACUAAUGUUGACUGCUGGACCUUCACAAAUGAUGCCCCCACCUCAGGCCCCAUCACCCCAGCCCCCGUAUGGGGGCCCAGCCUACCCGGGGAUGGGCACCUAUGGCUAUAGCAUGUAACCGUGAACAAACUUCAUAGUCAUACCAAGUUUUCCAGCAUCAAUCAUGGUGUAUAUAGUGAACAAGUGAUAUCAUUGACAUUGAUAUGGAAGAUUCAAAAGUUUGCCAGUGAUGUGUUAUGAUGCAGUAGUUUGUAGAAGCUGUACAACAGGUCCAAUUUAUGUCGAGUGCAAUAUUCUAUCUAUGUUAGAGUAAAAAGUGACAAAAUUAGCCAAUCAGUAAAUGAAAUUCUGUUUAGUAUCCUCUUAUGAUUUAAUUAAAACGAAUAAUUCUUAAGUGUUAGAGGCAAAAUUUUUCUAUAUAUAUUAGCGUUGGCAGAUUUUUGAAGAAUCCUGAUAUAAAUCAUUAUUUCCAAGGGACCUGCAAAAUCUUGUAUCAUUUUAUGAGAUGUUAAUUUUUUUCUGUGAUUUUAAGUUUAAAAGAUAGUUGUAUCUUUUCUUUUUCAAAUAUGUAUAUAUUCAUUGAUAUAAAGUGCUUCACAUGAAAGUUGAUGCAGUGUUAAAGUCAAUUGUUAAGUUUUAUGUUUUUUUUUCUAUCAACUGAUUUCAUCUAUUUAAGCCUGAUUUUUCCACCAUUUGUUACAUAAAUGAUGGCUAAUGUUUUUAUUGUGUGAAAAUUUUGCACUUUUGAAACUUCAUUUUGACAUCUGAUUUUAAGAAGAAUUGAAUUUUUUUUGUGAAUAAUCAAUUAUUUAAAUGAGCUUUAUUAUAAAGCAUGAGAAUUAUUUAUUUAUAGGUAUUUAAAAAAUUAUAUCACUAGAGUAGCUUUGAAUCGUUGCACAUACUCAAAAUUGUAACAUUGAAAGGAGUUUAUGAUAGUUUAUGACGUUCCAUAGCCACUUUAUUGUGCAUUAAUUUCAGUGUUGUAUAAAUGGACGAUUGUAGAACUUGAAUAUGUGUGUUGUUGGUUUACACAAUCUGCUACUAAGGAUCAGCUCUUUAUUAUCAAGCUAGAAGCAAUGAUCAUUCAUCUCUAUCGUUGUCUACUUCUUUGGUCUAGAUUGUUAUCCAGUGGUGUGAUAACAUUGGAUUUUAGCUAUAAUAGUAACGUACAAGUGUAAUAAAGAACAAGAAUAAACAUCUAUAGACUAAAAA